GCAAAGGCUUAAUCGAAGUUUCCGGUCUGCGAACACGGACGUAUGAUAAAGACCGUUUGCAUCUAUGCACCACUCAACAUCCUCUGAAGACCAAGCUCCUGGCAACGCUGUUCGAUAGGUCAAUCUUAUGAUAAUGAUGGCGCAUUCAACUGUAAGUGUGCAACCAGCCGCUGACAAUGUGAAGCAAAACCAGUGGAGCAGUGGAGUGUUUGACUGUUGUGAAGACAUGAGCAUCUGUUGUUGUGGUUUGUGGUGUCCUUGCUACCUAAUGUGUAAGACCAGUGAGGAUUUUGGAGAGUGUUUCUGUCUCCCCCUGCUGGAGUUGGGGUUUGGUUGCUUCCCAAAUCCUAUUACUCUCUCCAUGAGGAGCACAAUGAGAGAGAGGUACCAUAUUAAGGGUUCAUUACUUUGUGACUUCUGUGUGGCGAUCUGUUGCACUAUGUGCGUCUGGUGUCAAAUGGCGAGAGAGCUAAAGGCACGAAAGCAAUCCGCGGUGGUCAUUAAUCCUGCUGUCAAUGCAGCACACCAACAGCCACAAGCUUUUAACCAGCCAACACAAGCUGUCAGUAUGGCCUCCCAGUCUCAUCACCCUAUCAGUGCUCCCUAUUAAUCACUGCAUUGCACAUGCACAAAUCUGCUUUUAAAAUCAAGCUCCCACAUAAGCAAAUCAAUCUUAAUUUACAUAAUAUGUUGAAUUUAUGUACUGCUCAAGAAAUCUGUCCUUAUUUAUAUUUCUCUGUGUAACUUUAUGCCAUUAUUUUUAUUGACCAACUCAAUUAUCAAUAACAAAUUCUUAUUUUUGCACUUUCCUCUAUAGACUG